CGAAUUUCAAAUCCCAUCAUCAUUCAUCUCUCAAAUCACAAUGAAAUUCAGUUCACAUUCCAAUAUUAUCAUAAAAUGAAUUAACAAAGAAAGAAAAAUUUUCAACAAUGAAUUGGACCAGCAUGAGAAUUUACUUGAGCAGCAAUGCAACUCUAAAAGUCCUUGGCAUACUUCUUCUUGGUCAAAUAGUAUCUUCCGCAGUUGCACUCAUGAGCAUCACUACUUCUCUCAUUGCUGAAUUUGGUGUUGAUACACCUUUAACUCAGAGCCUUCUUACAUAUGGAUCUUUAGCUUUGGUUUAUGGAAGUAUAUUGCUUUAUAGGCAUCAAAAACCUAUGGUUUCUUGGUAUUGGUAUUUAUUAUUAGGUUUUGCUGAUGCUCAAGGGUGUUACUUGGUUAUCAAAGCAUAUCAGUACAGUUCAAUUACAAGUGUAACAUUACUAGACUGUUGGACAGUGCCUUGGGUGAUUCUACUCACAUGGAUCUUCCUUGGCACAAGAUAUUCACUAUGGCAGUUAUUUGGUGGAACAUUGUGUGUGCUUGGUCUCUCUUUAGUCUUACUUUCUGACACUUGGAGUGGUGGUGGAGGUGGAUCAAAAAUUAUCUUGGGUGAUGUACUUGUUAUUGUAGGGACAGUUUUCUAUGCAAUAAGCAAUGUUGGCGAGGAAUUUUGUGUUAAGAAAAAAGAUCGAGUUGAAGUAGUUGCAAUGCUCGGUGUUUAUGGAUUUCUAGUUACGGCCGUUGAAGUUUCAAUUUUAGAAUUGAAGACUCUGGAAUCAAUCAAAUGGUCUGCAGAUAUUGUCCUUGCUUUUGCUAGCUAUGGUGUGUCAAGCUUCAUCUUUUACUCACUUGCUCCUUUUGUUCUUAAGUUGAGUGGAUCAACAAUGUUUAAUCUUUCUCUUUUAACGGCUGAUAUGUGGGCAGUGGUUUUCAGAGUUUUCUUUUAUCACCAAAAGGUGGAUUGGUUAUACUUUGUCUCUUUUGCAGUUGUUGGUAUUGGUCUAACAAUUUAUUCUACAACAGAGAAAAAAUCAGUUCCUGCAGCAGGUACUACUAUUGAGGAAAAUGAGAAUCUGAACACAGAAUACCAAAUACUUAAUGGUGAAAGUGAAGGUGUAACCACAUCAACUUGAUCAAACCAAUGAUUCUUUUGUUUCAUGAGGGAAAUCUUAUUCUGCAUUGAGCUAGCUAUUUUUGUGCUUGUCUUUAUACUUAAUUAGAAAAAUAAGUUGGACCAUAAAUAUAUUCUUUAAGAAAUAACUAAAAUAAAAAGUUAUGUCGGUUUAUUUAGUAAAAGACAAAUAAUAAUUUUUUUUUACUA